AUUGGCACUAAUGCUGGAAGGUUUUUUUUGUUUGUUUGUUUGUUUGUUUGUUUUUUUUUAUUAUGGGUUUUGAAGCCUGAUUGCAGUUGUUUUACUACUGUUCUUUUAGUUACUUUUUUUCAGGUGAAUGCAGGAUCCGGUGAGACCAGAUAUAGUGAAUGCAGGGUCCGGGGAGACCAGAUAUAAUGAAUGCAGGGUCCUGGGAGACCAUAUAUAAUGAAUGCAGGGUCCGGGGAGACCGGAUAUAAUAAAUGUAGGGUCCGGGGAGACCAGAUAUAGUGAAUGCAGGGUCCUGGGAGACCAGAUAUAGUGAAUGCAGGGUCCGGGGAGACCAGAUAUAGUGAAUGCAGGGUCCGGGGAGACCAGAUAUAGUGAAUGCAGGGUC